AUGGCAGAGGUUUUCGGGAUCGUCACGGCAGUUCUAGGAUUGCUCCCUCUGUGUCGAGAUGGAAUAGGCAUGAUCAAAGAUGUAUUCGAUUCUGCAAGAACACUAGAGCUGGCAGUGGGAAGGCUAGAACUGCAGCAGGACCGAUUCGACGAAUGGAGAGACAUCUGGCGGGCUGAGGAUGGAGAACCAGACAUGAAAUUCGAGUCGUACGCGAAAGCUAAUCCAGCUUCUGGGAAGAGAGUCUUGCGUCAACUGGCCUUGAUGUCGCAAGCUUUGUGUGAUGCUCAUGCGCUGGAGGAUAAGUAUGGGAUUAAGCCAAGUCAUUGGCCUGAUCGAGAGUCCAAAGAUUUAUCAAGGUUUAGGUUAAAAGAAGGGGAGAACCUGACACUCGAAACUCAAGGGAUUUUCGUCGAGCGGUGUAAGAUGAACAUGGCUUUCAUCAAACGCUGCAAAUUCGUGUUCAGAAAGAAGGACGCCGUUUGGACCAGUCUGAUCGACUUGAUCAAAGAGUACAACGAGAAUCUUGCCACCUACGGACCUAAGUUCGAUUUGGAGAAGAUGCUCAAGGGAGAGUUCGAUAUCUUACGGAAGAUGCAACUUGUAGAACUCAAGCGACGAGCAGAAGCCGCGGGCUACGAGGCGAGACACUCCCUCCCAGAUGGUGAUAAUGUCGCACGAUACCAGGAUAUGUCCCUUGCAGCACAGUUCAGCUCUGUGAUCAAAUAUGAGCGGAAGCAUGCCGCAUACAAGUUCACGAUGAGAGACUUCCGUCUCGAUCCUUCCUACGCUGUCUCAUCUUCUGGCUCAUCAACUAUGGCGCUUCUCUUUGACUAUCCUGUUCGCAAGGAGAACCGAGUGGUACUGAUCGAAUGGAUCGAUAAUUUGGACCGUGAUCAAGAACGGGAUACGAGAAUCAAGACUCUCAUGCUGGCAACUCCUAAGCCUGAUCGCUUACUCCUCCCGAAAUGCUACGGCAUGGUUGAAGAUCCAGUUGCAAGGAGAUAUGGUCUUGUCCUAGCACCACCGCCGCAUAUUCGUUCUAACUUACCCCAAAUAAUGGCUGCGGGUGCAAUCUCAAAAAAGCGAAUGCCAGUAUCAUUGACCGAGCUGCUGGAGAAGAGACAUCCUGCACAUCAAGAGACACUAGAUCUUGGCAUCCGAUUUCGCUUAGCUAAGAAGUUGGUUGAAGCUGUCAACAUGAUGCACUGUGUUGGAUGGGUUCACAAAAACAUUCGUUCGAAUUCCAUCCUCUUCUUCCCAGCAGCCAACAUUCCCUCCCAUGGCCCUCCAGGGCCAGCCUCCGGAAUCCCUCAACCCCUUGGUUUCGACAACCCACUCUUCGUCGGCCUCGGCAACGCACGCAUCGACGACCUCAUCAACGACCCCGAUCCCUACUAUCCAACUGAAACCCACGAACCCAUUUAUAUCUCCGAACACGGUCAACGCCUCGUCCGCAUCACCGCUCCUCCCCACCACAGCAACGAACUCACCACGACUCGUCGUCCCAAAGACAUUAACCUAGACUAUUACCAGCACCCCGAUAAGCGGUGGAACCCAUCUGUGCGGUAUUCUCGUGCACACGACAUCUACAGUGUCGGUUGCGUGUUGUUGGAGAUUGGACUGUGGGAACCGCUGCAUGAGGUUGUGGAUGUGGAGGAUGAGGAUUUUGAGCGGGUAAGGAGGGGAUUUCAGAGUUUGACGUUGAGGCUUGAGGGGUUGGCGGGGUCGAUUUAUGGGAGUGUUGUGAGGAGGUGUUUGGCAGUUGGGACGAGGGAGAGGAGUGAGGGUGAAGGGAGGGAAUUAUCGAGGUUUUUUGCGGGGCUGGCGGCGGAGUUGGAUAAGUGCUGGGCCUGA